GAUCCCUUUCAAAGAUGGCCGCCCUGUUGUUUUGAUGAAUAAUACUUGGUGGGGCGAGGGGGUGAGACUAGGGGUGGAAGGGUAGGAGGAUUUACUCUUCCAGCCGGAGCAUCGCGAGUCCCGUCCUCCCCCUCCCCACUGCCCGGGCUCCGGCGUGGAGGCGGGGCGUGGCCGGCCUGCUUUGGGAGGGGAGGGGCUUCCCUCUUCAGAGCUGGGUUCUGCCUGGGCGGCUCUGGGGUCGUCUUCCCUCGGGGCAUCCACUCUGCAGUCGAACAGUUCCCGCCAGGGGCACAGGGUAGGACGGAGAGCAGGAUCUGCUGGAGGAAGCGCAGCUGCCGCGCUACCGCCACGAAGACACAGCAGGCUCGGGGCACGAGACGAGCUGGCGCCCGAGCUCCCUAGUCUGAGUGACCUGGGAAGCAGAGGGUAGUAAGUGGCGCCUUAAGAUAACCCCACAACAGCAGCAGUGGUGGCCAAAGGAGGCUACGCAGGGCACAAGCAGCUGUAAGAGUCUCUGGGGCGACUGGAGUGACCGACGCCAAGGCAGUUCAGUGCCCCUCGUGUUCUUAUUUUUUAACCUCUGACUAUGCAAUUCUGAAACCUCCCCCAUUCGGGGGACCAGACAGCCCGAUAGACACCUUCCACUCUCCUGUCGCCCUGGUCUCGAGAACAGAAGGAUCUCUCCCUAACGCCUUUCACCAUUAAGAGGAAAGCAAUGGAGGAGCUGAGCGCUGAUGAGAUCCGACGGAGGCGCCUUGCACGACUUGCUGGUGGACAGACCUCCCAGCCGACCACCCCACUCACCUCUCCCCAGAGGGAGAACCCUCCAGGGCCUCCUAUAGCAGCAUCAGCCCCAGGCCCCUCCCAGAGUCUUGGUCUCAAUGUCCACAACAUGACCCCAGCUACCUCCCCAAUAGGUGCAUCAGGAGUAGCCCAUCGAAGCCAGAGCAGUGAAGGAGUCAGUUCUCUCAGCAGCUCGCCCUCCAAUAGCCUUGAAACACAAUCUCAGUCUCUGUCUCGUUCCCAGAGCAUGGAUAUCGACGGUGUCUCUUGUGAGAAAAGCAUGUCCCAGGUGGAUGUGGAUUCAGGAAUUGAAAAUAUGGAGGUUGAUGAAAAUGAUCGAAGAGAAAAAAGGAGCCUCAGCGAUAAGGAGCCUUCAUCAGGUUCUGAAGUGUCUGAAGAACAGGCCUUGCAGCUGGUCUGUAAGAUCUUUCGUGUCUCCUGGAAGGACCGGGACAGAGAUGUCAUCUUUCUUUCUUCUCUUUCUGCACAAUUUAAGCAGAACCCAAAAGAAGUGUUCUCUGAUUUUAAGGACUUGAUUGGCCAGAUUUUAAUGGAAGUGCUAAUGAUGUCCACUCAGACUAGAGAUGAAAACCCGUUUGCCAGUCUGACAGCCACAUCACAGCCAAUUGCAGCGGCAGCUCGGUCACCAGACAGAAAUCUCAUGCUGAAUACUGGCUCCAAUCCAGGAACAAGCCCGAUGUUCUGCAGUUUGGGUUCCUUCAGUGCCAGCUCUUUGUCUAGCCUCUAUGAAACUAGCCCAGCUUCCAGUAUGAGUUUCUGGAGCUCUGUGCCAAUGAUGCGUCCUUCUUUUGCCUCACCUUCCCGUGCAGCCAGCCACAUGGCUGUGCCGUCCAUUUCCCUCAGUCCUCAUAGUGCUGCUUCCGGGACUGCUGCAGGAAGCCAGCCCUCGUCUCCACGAUAUCGCCCCUACACUGUCACCCACCCCUGGGGGUCUUCAACUUCUCCUACCACGCGGUCCUCGGGCACCUCCAUUCUGUCUAGCUUACCACGCCUCCCUGCCCUCGCUAGUAGCCCUCAAGCAGUGCCUGCCAGCUCUUCCAGACAGAGACCCACCAGCAUGGGGCCACCUCUACUGUCCGCCUCACCCAGUGCUGUGAGCAGACGUCCCUCCUCCCUAAGGAUUUCUCCUAGUAUGUGCGACAGCCCUUUCUCCCUCCUCUUCCUCGCACUUUCUGGGGACAGUAGUGACGAAGAUGAAGAAGAUGAUGAUGGUGAUGAUGAAGGUGGUGGUGGUGGUGAUGAGUUUUCUUGUGUCCAGUUUGGGUCCAGUUUGGGAGCCUCUGGUGGGGCAAGUACUUGGGAUUCCUACAGUGACCAUUUCACCAUUGAGACCUGCAAGGAGACAGAUAUGCUGAACUACCUCAUCGAGUGUUUUGACCGAGUUGGAAUAGAGGAAAAAAAAGCACCAAAGAUGUGCAGCCAGCCAGCAGUCAGCCAGCUUCUGAGCAACAUCCGCUCACAGUGCAUAUCCCACACUGCGUUAGUACUACAAGGUUCCCUCACACAACCAAGGUCCAUGCAGCAGCCGUCCUUCCUGGUGCCGUAUAUGCUAUGUAGGAAUCUCCCAUAUGGCUUCAUUCAAGAACUGGUGAGAACCACUCAUCAGGAUGAAGAAGUGUUCAAGCAGAUCUUUAUCCCCAUUUUACAAGGCCUGGCUCUUGCUGCCAAAGAGUGCUCCCUCGAUAGUGACUACUUUAAAUACCCCCUCAUGGCUUUAGGUGAACUCUGUGAAACCAAGUUUGGAAAGACACACCCUGUGUGCAAUUUGGUUGCUUCUUUGCCGCUGUGGUUGCCUAAAUCCUUAAGCCCUGGCUCUGGGCGGGAGCUGCAGAGACUCUCUUAUUUGGGGGCUUUCUUCAGCUUCUCAGUCUUUGCAGAAGAUGAUGCUAAAGUGGUUGAAAAAUAUUUCUCAGGGCCUGCCAUUACCCUGGAGAACACUCGCGUGGUUAGCCAGUCACUGCAGCAUUACUUGGAGCUGGGAAGGCAAGAGCUUUUCAAGAUUCUGCAUAGUAUUUUGUUAAAUGGUGAAACCCGUGAGGCUGCUCUUGGUUACAUGGCAGCUGUUGUCAACGCCAAUAUGAAGAAAGCACAGCUGCAGACAGAUGAUAGAUUGGUAUCUACAGAUGGAUGUAUGCUGAAUUUCCUUUGGGUGCUGCAGCAGCUAAGUACAAAGAUCAAGUUAGAGACAGUUGAUCCCACGUAUAUAUUCCACCCAAAGUGUCGGAUCACUCUUCCCAAUGAUGAGACGAGAGUGAACGCAACGAUGGAGGAUGUGAACGACUGGCUGACUGAACUUUAUGGAGAUCAGCCUCCAUUUUCUGAGCCGAAAUUCCCUACAGAAUGCUUCUUUCUUACCCUGCACGCCCACCACCUGUCUAUUCUGCCAAGUUGCCGUCGCUAUAUCCGCAGACUCCGGGCCAUCCGGGAGCUCAAUAGAACUGUGGAAGAUUUGAAAAAUAAUGAAAGCCAAUGGAAAGAUUCCCCACUGGCAACUAGACACCGCGAAAUGCUGAAGCGCUGCAAGACUCAGCUUAAGAAACUGGUACGAUGCAAGGCCUGUGCUGACGCUGGUUUACUUGACGAGAGCUUCCUGAGAAGAUGUCUGAAUUUUUAUGGCCUUCUCAUUCAGCUGCUGCUCCGCAUCCUGGACCCUGCCUACCCCGAUGUAACACUGCCUUUAAAUUCAGACGUCCCUAAGGUAUUUGCAGCAUUGCCUGAGUUUUAUGUAGAAGAUGUUGCUGAAUUUUUAUUUUUUAUUGUACAAUACUCUCCUCAGGUGCUUUAUGAGCCCUGUACUCAGGAUAUUGUGAUGUUCCUCGUUGUGAUGUUGUGUAACCAGAACUACAUCCGAAAUCCGUAUCUCGUGGCCAAACUGGUAGAAGUCAUGUUUAUGACCAAUCCUGCUGUUCAGCCACGAACCCAGAAGUUUUUCGAAAUGAUUGAGAACCAUCCUCUCUCCACCAAAUUGUUGGUCCCUUCCCUGAUGAAGUUUUAUACAGAUGUUGAGCAUACUGGAGCCACCAGCGAGUUCUAUGACAAGUUCACCAUUCGCUAUCACAUUAGCACCAUUUUUAAAAGCCUUUGGCAAAACAUAGCUCACCAUGGCACCUUUAUGGAAGAGUUCAACUCUGGGAAGCAGUUUGUUCGCUAUAUAAACAUGCUGAUAAAUGACACGACAUUUUUGCUCGACGAAAGUCUGGAGUCUCUGAAGCGGAUCCACGAAGUGCAAGAAGAGAUGAAGAACAAAGAACAGUGGGACCAGCUGCCCCGGGAUCAGCAGCAGGCCCGUCAGUCUCAGCUUGCUCAGGACGAGCGUGUUUCGCGCUCCUAUCUUGCCCUGGCCACAGAAACCGUGGACAUGUUCCAUAUCCUCACGAAGCAGGUCCAGAAGCCGUUCCUCAGACCAGAACUUGGACCCCGAUUGGCUGCGAUGCUGAACUUUAAUCUCCAGCAACUUUGUGGUCCCAAGUGCCGUGACCUGAAAGUUGAAAACCCUGAGAAAUACGGCUUUGAACCAAAGAAACUGCUGGACCAACUCACAGAUAUUUACUUGCAGCUGGAUUGUGCUCGGUUUGCUAAAGCCAUUGCUGACGACCAGAGAUCUUACAGCAAAGAGUUGUUUGAAGAAGUUAUUUCGAAGAUGCGGAAAGCAGGCAUCAAAUCAACGAUAGCAAUAGAGAAGUUUAAACUUCUUGCUGAGAAAGUGGAGGAGAUAGUGGCCAAGAACGCGCGCGCGGAGAUCGACUACAGUGACGCGCCAGACGAGUUCAGAGACCCUCUGAUGGACACCCUGAUGACUGACCCAGUGCGGCUGCCCUCCGGCACCAUCAUGGACCGCUCCAUCAUCCUGCGACACUUGCUGAACUCCCCCACGGACCCCUUCAAUCGACAGACACUGACGGAGAGCAUGCUGGAACCAGUGCCCGAACUGAAAGAACAGAUUCAUGCCUGGAUGAGAGAGAAGCAGAACAGUGAUCAUUAAACCGUGCCCCUGGCCCGCCCUCUGCCAGAAGCAGCCGAGGCCGGCGAGGAAGCAGAUGCAGCGUCAGUGGUGAGAAUGCUGUUCCAGCGUUGGAGGCCAGAUGCGGCCGUGUACCCCGAGAGCCCCCCGGAGGGACCAAACGGCGGAGAUCUGCAAGGACGUGAAUGCGAAGAAGAGCCCACUUCCUGUACAUAUAUUUAAGUGACAAACUUGGUCAAAAGCUUGAGGGACACAUUUUAUGAUUACUUGUGUAAGAAAGCACGUCCUUCAUACGUCACAAUUUGGGGCUUUUGCAACAGAAGUCUUAGUAAUUGAUGACGAGUGGGUCUGGGCAGCAUCCCCUUCAUCUUUUUUUUUUUCCCUAAAUCCAGUAUCCGUUGAUUUGAUUGUGAUUAGAGAACCUUGGACAUUUUGCUGCUAAAGAAUCUUUUUCCCGCCCUCUCUCUUCCUGACCCUACUUGCACUGCUGUGGAUUUUUUUAAGAGAAGCAAAAACAAAAAUAAACUCCUAUCCCUGGCCCCUCCAACAUAUAUUCUGUGAGAUAACUGUGCCUGCGACGAAGUGUUAAUCCUGGGAUCGUAUUUUUAUAUCAUAUUCACAUAUUUGUUUUUUUAAUUGGUGUUAGAUGACAUGAUUAAUAAAAAAGGCAAGAUAUUUUCAGAAUUUGAAUUUCAGUUUUUUAUUUUUUUUUUCUUUUGAAAUGUCCCUUUAAAAUUUUUUUAUUCUAAACAAAAUGAAGAGAAUCCUGUUGCUCUGGUCCUUGUAAUAGGCCCUCUGUUAGGAAUCUGAGGAGCGACGGCAGCAAAGGAGGUGUUGAAGCACGUCAGGAUUUACGUGACUUAGGGUUUUGGCGGGGAGGGGGGUUGGUGUUUCUAAUGCCACGUGACAGUUCGGAGCCUUUCCAGUUGUCCUAUGAAGGUAAAUAAAUUCCUCAACCCUUGGGUCUGUGAGUUCGAGGCAGGGGUCAUUUGUAUGACGUGUCCUUUGGGGCUUGGCCUUACCAAAGCAAAAAAGGGGUGCAAGAAAUGUGGAAGUAUGUCUGCUUGUAAAAACACACACAAACACACCCACACACACGCACGCAAACAUGAGACGUUUUGUAUUACUGCUCCCUACUUAACAUACUUGAAUUCUUGAAUUUCCUUUGGGGUAAAAAAGGAUUUGAAACCAUAAAGUGUUUUGAAGAAAUUAAGUCUACAAAAACAUACUUUCCUUUUCUUUUCCUUUUUUCCCCCUCCACAGACCAUGUCCUCUGUUCAAUUCCUAACGCAAACUACAAUAAAUGGUGAUGCACAUUCGGAAGGAA